AUGGCGUCGUCGCCCCUCUCUAAGCAAGACCCAGUCAUCAUUGUUGGUGCUGGAGUCUUUGGGUUAAGCACUGCACUGCACCUUGCCCAACGUGGAUAUUCCGCCAUCACCGUCUUUGACCGUCUGGACUAUGACAAUUCUGAAUACUCCUAUCUCAAAGGGUGUGAUGCGGCAUCCGCAGAUAUCAACAAGAUUGUCCGAACCGGCUAUGGGAAGGAGACCAUGUAUUCGGACCUUUCACUUGAAGCUAUCCAGGAAUGGCACUCUUGGAAUGCGCAAAUUGCGGCCGGAGAUGUCCCUCCUGGCAUGGAACCCAACCAAGUCGUCUUCCGGCCCAAUGGAGUUUUGGUCAUCAAUGAAGGAUCGAAUGUUCCCGACUUUGAAAUGGCAUCCAUCAAGUCUAUAGCCGACAGCGGGCUUGCAGGGACGCAGUUUCUCUCCACGCUGCCGGGUCAAGAAGAGGCGGCAAAGAAGAAGGGAUUCAAUAUGGAUCCCUUCCAAACCAGAGCCAGAGGGCAGCAAGUUGUAACGUUGCUUGAUAGCGCCGGAGGAACUGCCAUCGCGGACAGGGCUUGCUUAUUCGCUGCUCACAAAGCGCGAUCCUUUGGCGUCAAGUUUGUGCUCGGCCCCCAAGCUGGAUCACUGGAAUCUGUCCUGUACGGACCAGGUGGUGAAGCCAUAGGCAUACAGACCAAGGACGGAAAGCAACAUAGAAGCCGUCUGACCGUGCUAGCAUGCGGUGGCUGGACACCCGCCCUGCUACCCGAGUUGGACGGCUUGUGCGAGGCGACAGGAGGCGCCGUCGCUGUGUACCGCAUCCCUCGAAGCUCUCCGUUAUGGGACCGGCUAUCCCACAAGAACUUUCCCGCAUUCAAUUUUCGAAUGAGGGACGGCCAUGUCGGUGGGCUCUAUGGCUUUCCACGAGACGACAAUGGCCUCUUCAAGAUUGGAUACAGAGGGACCAAAUACACCAACCCUAAAACUCAACCCGAUGGUAAAACCCGCAGCACGCCGGUGACACGCUACACCGAGAGUGAGAAGAUUACCGCGAUUCCCAAGCAGGCCUCUGAGGUCCUGCUGAAGUUUGUUUCAGAGUACUUGCCCGAACUGGCACAGGAGGGCCUGGGCGUGGACUUCACACGGAUGUGCUGGUAUACUGACACAUUCGACAAUCACUUUGUGGUAGACAAGGUGCCCAACCGGGAUGGACUGAUGGUGGCAACUGGAGGGAGUGGUCAUGCUUUCAAGUAUCUUCCCAACAUAGGCAAAUGGGUUGCAGAUGUUAUCGAGGGUAUAGGCCUGGAUCGACCGGCCGUUCAAGCCUGGCGCUGGCGGAGCCAAGGGAACGAGUCGCCGGCCAACGUUCUUUCUGAAGGGCCAUCUAGCUCACGGGCUCUACACAAUGUAGUGUUGGUGAAGCCAGAGUCCCGCGGUCCAGAUAUUAGAGCAAGACUCUGA